AUGAGCGCCCUACAUGAUUCGAAGCCCACAAGCCACAUGGGUCAAUUCAAAACUGCAGAGCAUCUUCGGGCACUGUUCUUUUGCCCAAAGAUGGACAAUGAUAUGGGAGAAUACGUAUGGAGUUGCGAUACAUGUCAAAGCAAUAAAAGCUCCAGUCAUGAAAAGUACAGGAUGCUACCAUAUUCAGAGGUCCCCAAUACUCCUUGCAGCUCCAUCUCUAUGGACUUUUUCGUUAGUUUGCCAGAAUCUGAAGCCUAUACCCGUAUCGGGGUUAUUGUUGAACGCUUGACAAAAAUCACCUACUUCAUACCGCUCAAGACCGAGGCAACAAUCAAGGAACUUUCGCAGAUAUUCCUUCAAGAAAUAUGCCGACUACAUGGACUAUCCGAAUUAUUCAUUUCUGAUCGGGACUUCAGAUUCGAAAGCAAGUUCUGGCAUUCAUUGAUCAAGCUUCUCGGAGUCAACCUUUGUCUGUCUACGGCAUAUCGUCCCCAAGCUGACAGAAGGAAGCUGGACAAUGCCAAUGUUUCCAGUCCCGUACCAAAGUUCAAGUGGAAAGCUCUUUGGAAAACUAUGAGGACAGAUAUUUUUAAGGCACAGGCCCGGCAGAAGAAAUGGUAUGACCAGAAGCAUAUGAAACCUCCAGAACCUGAAGAUGGGGAUAAGGUGAUGAUGGACCGACGCAAUAUGGUUGCCAAUCGACCCUCAAGCAAGCUUGACUACAAGAAACUAUGUCUCUUUGAGGUUGAUGAGAAACUUGUUGUUGCGUUCUACACGCUGAAGCUUCCCUCUUAA